AUGAGUGGUAAAUCGGGACUGAGCGUUGAAGACUGGUCAAAUGCCUGGGAAAACGACGUUACUCCUUGGCACGUGUCCACAGUCAACUCUGUCUUCGAAAAAUACUUGAAGAGCAAAUACUUGCACGCUGAAGAGAGCAAGAAACUCAGCUGCUUCUUUCCCCUCUGCGGCAAAUCCAUCGAUAUGCUUUGGGCGGCGAAGCAAGGCUGCCUGGUCCGCGGCUCCGAAUUCUCUCAAAAAGCGAUCGACGAAUUUUUCUUCGAAAACGCGAUCGAAACCUCGCACUUCGGCGGCUUCACCAACUCCGAAGAAGACUCGCUCAACAUCAGCUUGCGGCCGGGGGACUUCUAUCUUUACCCAGAAGACGAGAAGUUUGAGUUCAUUUUCGACCGUGGGAGUAUGGUCGCGAUUGACCCAAACGAUCGGGAGAAAUAUGCGGAGAAGAUUUUUAAUCUACUUCAAGAUGGCGGGAUUGUUCUCUUGGAAGCGAUUCUUAGGGAUGAGUCGGAGAUCGCCAACGGGCCGCCAUUUCACUUGACCUUGGAGCAAGUUAAAUCGGCUUACGAUCAAUUCGGGCUCAAAGUCACUGAACUAGAAACGCGCCACGCAACCCAAGCUGGACACGGUCAAUUCACGCUGCUCUACCUUCAAAUCUCCAAAUAG